AUGCCGGUCAGGAAGGGCCUCCUCGCCCCACAAAAUACUUUCUUAGAUACUAUCGCCACUCGCUUCGAUGGAACCCACAGCAACUUUGUGCUGGGAAAUGCGCAGGUUCCGUCGCUCUACCCGAUCGUUUAUUGCUCCGACGGUUUCUGCGAGCUGACAGGAUUCGCGCGAGCGCAAAUCAUGCAGAAGGGUUGCGCUUGCAAGUUUCUUUACGGCGCGGAAACGAAAGAAGAGGAAAGAGCGAUGAUCGACAAGAGCCUCGAGAGCAAGACGGAACUGAAGAUGGAGGUGGUGUUUUAUAAGAAGAACAGGAAUCCAUUCAAUUGCUUGCUCGACAUAGUACCGAUCAAAAACGAGAAGGGCGACGUUGUUCUGUUUUUGGCAUCGCACAAAGACAUCACCAACACGAAGGACUCUCAGCUCUGUGAGUUACACGACAGUGAUGCAAAUGGUGGUCUCGAUCCGGAGGCACCGCCAGCUAAUUGUGGGAGGAGAAGGAGUCGCGCCGUCCUUUAUCAACUAUCAGGCCAUUACAAACAGGACAAUAAGCAUAAAAUUAAGUUGAACAAUAAUCUUCUGCACUCCACCGCAGCACCCCUGCCGGAGUAUAAAACAACGGGAAUCAAAAAAUCUCAAUUCGUCUUAAGUCACUACGGCGGCUUCAAGUCUUGCUGGGACUGGUUAAUACUAAUUGCGACGUUUUACGUGGCAAUCGUUGUCCCUUUCAACGCGAGCUUCAUUAAUACCGAUAGACCAACGAUGGUCAGCGACGUUGUCGUCGAGGCUCUCUUUAUAAUCGAUAUUGUUCUGAACUUUCGAACAACAUACGUGAGCAAAAAGGGCGAGGUAGUCAGCAACAGCAAAAGCAUUGCCGUCAACUAUGUAAAGAGCUGGUUUGUCGUCGAUCUAGUCGCAGCUUUGCCUUUUGAUUUCCUUUACGCCUCGGACGUUUACAGCGGUGAGGAAUCAGGACAUGGUAACAUACAUUUAGUAAAGUUAACAAGAUUGCUAAGGCUCGCGCGAUUACUUCAAAAGAUGGAUAGAUAUGCGCAGUAUAGUGCCGUAAUUUUGACAAUGUUAAUGCUACUUUUUAUCCUGUUGGCUCAUUGGAUGGCCUGCGUUUGGUUCGUUAUCGCGGAAAAGGAACGGCUAAAAAACGACAGUGAUUGGGAUCUCGGUUGGAUUCACACGCUGGCGGAGAGAUUAAAGAUCUCCGUGCAGAACGUAACACACGCGGAAAGUUAUAUCACAGCAUUGUAUUUCACAUGUAGCAGCUUAACGUCGGUAGGAUUUGGCAACGUGUCGGCAAACACAUUCGCCGAAAAGUUAUUCUCCAUUUGCGCGAUGCUUAUUGGCGCUCUGAUGCAUGCUGUGGUGUUCGGUAACGUGACGGCGAUUAUUCAAAGAAUUUACUCUAGAAGAUCACUCUAUCAGACUAAAUUACGGGAUCUCAAGGAUUUUUUCGUAUUGCAUCAGAUCCCUGACGAACUGAAACAGCGAAUGCAAGACUAUUUCCAGACCAUGUGGUCCCUGAAUCAUGGUAUCGAUAUACACGAGACUCUCGAGCAAUUUCCCGAGGAACUCAGGGGCGAUGUUUCGAUGCAUUUACAUCGCGAAAUUCUCAGUUUACCGAUAUUUGACACUGCUUCUCAGGGCUGUCUCAAACUACUUUCCCUACGAAUCCGAAAUAACUUCUGUGCUCCCGGCGAAUAUCUUACUCACAAAGGGGACGCACUUUCGUACAUCUAUUAUUUAUGCAAUGGUUCCAUGGAAGUCGUACAAAACGAUAUGGUCGUCGCGAUUUUAGGGAAAGGUGACAUGGUGGGAUGCGAUAUAAACGUACAUUUACAACAAGGCUGUAAUGGGGGUGGUACAGGUGGUUCAGGAUCUGCAGACAUCGUAGUGAAAUCGAGCUGCGACGUUAAAGCGCUAACCUAUUGCGAUCUGAAAUGCAUACACAUGCAAGGACUAGUCGAAGUUCUUCGUCUGUACCCGGAGUACCAACACCAAUUUGCGCACGACAUACAACACGAUCUUACGUACAAUAUACGAGAGGGUUACGAAGCUGAGCAAGAGUCGGACAUGAACGGACCAUCGUUAACCCUGCCAUCGAUCAGCGAAGACGAUGAAAAUAUUCCCGACGAGGGGGAAACUUCGCCCUUAUCGCCACCAAACAAGUCGCCCUUGCACACGUCGAGUCCACGACACACUAAAUUCAGAGAGGAGUAUAGGGAAGCAAGAAGACAAGGCAGGGGUGUUCUGGUAAGAGGAAGGGCAGCCCAAAUAAUGGCUCAAGAAUCCAUGGAAGAGCAUUCUGCUCUGCAUCAAGACGUCGCUAUGCUCAGUUACGAGAUGAGAAACGCGAUUCAAGCUUUACAAAGUCUGGCAUUUAUGCCACAAAGUAAUCCAAACUUGCCAACACCCGCGAACCGUGGUAGCGGAGCUUUAGCUAGAAGUUCGUCCCAUCCACCGGAUGCUAUAUGUUGGGAUCCUCCUACGGGGAUGUGCGAUGCAUCGUCGCAAACCGACUGGCCCGUAGACGUGUUUGAAUCUUGGGUUCGAGCGAAUCCUCAUCGAGUUCUGAGGAUUCUCGAACUCGAUCCAGACGUUCUUCGAAGACAACCUCCUUCCCCCACACCAUCCCCAUCUUCACCCCCACCGCCACCGUACGAACCCCUAUCGCCUGUUGCUGGCACACCGCCACAAUCGCCAAUCCCAUUGCGAGGAAAUGAUAACUUCCUCUUCGGAAAUGGUCAUGGAGAACAACACAUCCCUCCUCGUUUAUAUAGAUCGACAAAUUCUACGUGGGAUCCGGAAAACAAAUCUCACAGGUUUAGUGCCGGCGAUGCUGACAACGAGGCUUUAUACCAAGCAUUGAGUACUGUACGCCGACUACCAGAAUCACGAUCAUUGAAAUUCGAUCCGUUCGAUGAUUGA